AAUCCCCUUAUAAUAAUAAUCGUGACUAAACCUAUUAAAUGGUUGAUUUGAAAUCACCUUUAAAGGUGUAUAGUGAUUAUUAUAGAAUCCUCAUUUGAAAAGAAUUUUUUUCGAGUGUAAAUCUCAUAUAGAAUCUCAGUUUUUAUUUUAUAUAUAAUAUAAAUAAAACCACCAGCUACACAAGUGUUCUCGUAAUAAUAAUUUUUAAUAGUAGUCGUUAAAUCUCGAUUUAGGAAUCUCAUUUAUAAUUUUAAAAAUUAUUUUUAAUUUAAAAAAUAAACUCUGUAUUUAAUGCUUUAAAAAGGCGGCCUCUAAAUCUCUGAAUUUAACUUUAGCAUAUUUCGUGUUUUGUUAAUUAAUUAUUAUAUAAUAAUCCAAUUGCAUAUUGUAAUUAUUAGAUUACUAAUAAUUAAUUAUCAGGCCUAUUUCCUGCUUUUGUCAAUUAUUAGGCCAAUUAUUUGAUUAAUAAUUACUAGUAAUAUUCCUAGUAAUAAUAUUAAUAAUUACUAGGAUUAUUUCGUAUCCAUUAAACCUAAUUCCUAACCCUGAAUAAUUCUUAGGCCUAUUUAGCAAUAUUGAAAGAUAAUAAUUGUCGUUUUAAAAACCCAAACAAAGCAUCUUAAUUAGUCAAUUAUUGCCCACCCCCCCUGCUCCCCUCACGACCACAAGCACCCCCCCAACCACCCCCCAAACGCCCUCACUAUGAUGAAGAUGAUAAUGAUGAUGAUAAUCUCGGCCGAUUCCCAAGCGAUAAUAAGACAUGGGCGGUUGUAGGUAGGCCUAAGGCCUAAAAGAAAGAAAAAGUGAAGUGGUGAGUGUGUGUGUGUGAGCGUGCGUACAGUGGACCAUCCUCGUAGGCCUAUCCGAAAUAAUCUGUCUAUUAUGAGCGAGAUGGUGAAAGCCAGGAACUACGACGAAGAUGGGUUUGUCAAGAGGGCGGCUUGCAUUUGCGUCAACAAGGAUGAGACCGAGGUUCUGCUGGUGUCAUCCAGAAGGGACUCUCGACUAUGGAUAGUUCCAGGAGGCGGAGUCGAACCUGACGAAUUACCAGAUAUGGCUGCCAUUCGAGAGGUGCGGGAAGAAGCAGGGGUAUGUGGUAUGCUUGGACGCUGUCUUGGUGUGUUUGAGAAUUCAGAACGGGGCCACAGAACGAGCGUGUAUGUACUGGUCGUAACGGAAGAGAUGGAGGAAUGGGAUGAAUCAAGAGUGUUUGGUCGUAAGCGCAAGUGGUUCAGCAUGGAGGAGGCAGUAGAACAGCUGGCCAAGCACAAACCAGUUCAAAGCAGUUACGUAAGUCUCCUACUCCCUAGCGGUCACCAUCACCACUCCACACCAUCAUCAGCACACUCACCGUCCACAUGCCAGCAGAAGAUGACACUGGCGGAUCCUAAUCACAUCAUUCAAGAGGAAGUUAAAAUCAUCCAAGAGGGAGCCGACACAGCUGAAGAGAAAAGUCCGACAGACCCGGAAGAGGUCGCAAAUAACGACGAUGCUGAAAAGGAGGUGAGGGAAGAGGAAGAAGAAAAAGGAGAAGGAGAAGGAGAAGAAGAAGGAAAUGAAGAAGAAGAAGAAGAAGAGGAGAAGGAAACAGAUUCUCAAGAGCCCAACGAGGGAGUGAGCAGAAGCCGGGGAUCAUCUCAGGAGGAUCUAAGUCACGGAUCUGUAGUGGAAAGUUCUGCCAACAAUACUUAAAUUUGCAUCCCAUAAUCAUAUCAGUUGUAUGCAUUAGUUCCACUUGCAUAAUGUCAGUUUUAUUUCACGUCAUCAUUUCAUUUUGUUGGUUGACCAAAGUUAUUUGUACAUUUAUUUUCUUGAAUACUCUUUCCCCCCACCCCCCGCUGACCCAACCUCCCUUUUUGCGUCUGCUCACGUUCAUCUGGAUAGGUCAUUCCCUUAGACAUCCUCCCUCACAUUCAGUGCAGAUUUGACUUUUUAAUUUAUUGGGAUGGUUGUCCCUUCUUUGAGAACUUUUAGGUGUAUGCAAUACAGUCUAGUUGUACAGUAUGUACUGUAGUCCCAUUCUGUUUCUUCGGCUCACCGCAAUAAUGUACUUUUUGUCUUAAUUUAUUGAAUAGGUUGUUGACUCCUAUUUUUAAAUGUGCUCAUCUUGACCCUAUACAGUAUAUAUAUAUACUUAUAUAGAUAUAUAUUGUUUACAUUCCUUUUCGUUCGUAGUAUCGUAAAGUUGGAAACCUACUACGUAUGUCAUUCGUCUCGGAUAUCAAUGCGGUUCUUCUUGACUCACACAAAAAAAAUCUACGCUUUUAUGUGUCAAGGUCUCUUGAUAUCUUUUAUAAUGGAACUUUUACCCUGUCCCGUUAGAGCAUAGGAUUGUGUUUGUCUUUGGUUGUCCCUGUCUUCCACUAUUGUUCUAUAUUCUCUCUCUCUUUCUCUCGUUUCUCUGUUUACAUCUUCCGUCCUGUGUGUCUGUGUGUGUGUCUUUCCAUUGGUUUUUCAAAUUGGUUAGAUGGCAUUAACAUAACCUCUUUUUUUUUUAUUUGUUUAAUAGCAUCUCAUUAGCAAUUCUCUUCUUACCGUAGUUUUUGUUUCUUUAUACACAACUAUAUGAGUAGCAUACAGUGCCAUGUUAAAAUUCUGUGAAGUUUAUACAUUACUAUGUUGCCUUAUCUGCUUGUGUUUUUUAUUUAUCUUUUCAACACAUACACUGUCUGUGUCCUGUACGUGUGUAUGUGUAUAUGCAUGCUUGUAAGCAUUGUCCAGGUACAUUUUUUUUCUUUUAUAACUUUUCAGUCCCCCCCCUCCCCCACCUAUAGUGAAUCUCUAGUCGAUCUGAUAUUAUCCUGAGUAGUAAUUAGGAGCAAAUGAAGGCCCCAGUUCUUGAUAACUUGUCGUUCAGUUAAUUUUGCAGUUUAUUUUCUCUAGUUCCUCCUGAUAUCUUUUUUUUUUUUUUAUACUACAGUUUAUACCUGUUACUGUGCUUGCUCAGUUUGACUCUCAUGUCGAUAUUUUUGCUUAAGCGGUAUAUAUGUUGUAUGUACAGUAUGAUAAUUUUACUCUGGUUCUUUUUAGUGCUGUGAAAGAUUUGGAACUUUGACUCAGUAGAGAAGAACAGGCUGUCUUUCGCUUGUGUUCCCUACUCUGAUACAAACCUCUUACUGUGAGUUGCAUUAGCUGAUCAAGGCAUUAAAGAAUAGAGUAUUUGUUUCAGAAAUUCUUUUCGAAUGUCAUAGUUUUUGUACCUAUUCAUACAUAACUAAAUCCUACAUAGGCUUAAAUUUACAUAGGUGGUUUUGGGUUAUUUAGAAGCAAAAGUGAUAAACAGUUGAUUUCUGUGUUCCUUGAACUAUCACUAUUAAUUAACAAAUACCUUUACCAGCUGGUGUGACAAUGUAAAUUGAAGGUUUCUGUGUGGAAGAAGCCAUCAAAUUGCUUUCCGCAGUGGAAGUUUCCAGAUGACCAGAUUUAUCUUUUUACGAAAUCGUAAACUCUUCGAGACGAAUAUCUAAUAUUCUGCUGAAAACUGGACUGCAUGUAGAUAUUGGAAUGUUAGUGUGUGUGCAUGUUUUUGUGUGCAUCAUCGUCUGCCUGUGUUCAGUAAGUUGGAGAUAUUUUGAUGACACUUUUUAGGUCAGAAUAAGACACGCAAUGAUGUCAGUAGCAGCAACGCGACCUGCUGGCUGUUGAGGGUCACCGUCAUAUAGCUACGCUCUGGCCCAGGGCAUUUCUAUGCUGACAGGUUCCGUUUCAUUUUGAAGGUUCCAAGAAAAGUUUUUUAAAAGAUAUUUUUAUAAAAAUUUGUCGGACUUAUGUUAAUGCCAUACUUAUUUUUUUGUUUGGUUUCAUUUUAACGACCCUAAUUGAAUCUGCAAUGACAAUGGAAAGUCCAAAUUAGCCUGCAAUUGGAAAAGUGUUAAGUUAUGGUGCUCAUUUAUUAAAGUUCUGUAUUGGAUUGCUUUCAUUACUUUUAGUCAUUUAUUUUAUGAUUAUGUUUAUGUUAGACGUAAGCCGGAUACAUACGGUGUGUGGGACGCUGACUAUUCUUCAGCUGCUCUUUUACGCACUGUAGUAGCAGGCAGUUUCGAAGGUGAAAAUACUGGAAUGUGCCAUUAUUUUAUUCUUUACACAUAACAAGCAUUGUUAAUCUAACUGCUACGUUACUGUAAAUGUAUAUCUGGCUGCAAGAUUUGUGUGUGUGUGUCCAUUGCAAGGCACAGCAGUGAGGUCAGCUUUGCAGUCGUGCAAAUUUUCUUGCUUAUUGAAAAUUUGUCGAAAAUCUCAGAAAUGUAUUGAAAAUUUCUAUACCCUGCAAUAUGCGAAUUGCAAUGCCGAACUCACUGCCGUGGUCUUUUUAACGUGGAUCCACCUUUACUGAUUAUCAACUUAAGUUUUAUACAUAUACAGUUGACCUUUUGUAUUCGUGAGGUAUUGGCAUGUUUAUGUAUGAUUUCAGAAUUGAAAUGUUCUUAACAUAAGGAAAAUAUUAGAUUUUGUCCAGUAUGAAUUAAAAGGUCAACCUCAUUUCUUGCAAACUUGACCAAUUGAAUCAUAUUUGCCACGAAUAAGAGAGGUUGUCUGUAAUGUACUUGUACCUUACUUUGUAAAUGCUCCAAGUAUGAACACAUUUUUUGUUGCCAUUGACUGCAAUUAUUGUUUUAACUGUCAAGUAUUUCUUGCGCUGAUCAUUCCUCUUGUUUGUUAAGUCUUUGUUGAUUGGUCGUCACUGGCAAAACUCUUCAUUCAGUUAUUUUAUUUUUUUUUUUUAGUUUAUCCCCCUCAACAAAUGUCUACUUAAAAUUCUUUUUCUCGUGAUAAACCAUUUUGGGAAAAGGGGGCUAUUUUACAGUCUGCCACAAGUCAAUGUAUACCUUUUUUCAUAAACGGCCGAUUGUAAAAUUCUUGUAGUACUUCUUUGUCAUUCAGAUCACGUGUAAGAUAAUGAUGCUCUUAUGCUAUUCAAGUUUGUCUAGACUUGACCUUUUUAAAACAAAAAUUUCAACUCAGUUUCUCUCAGUGCAGGUCACUUCACUCAAAGACUCUCCGUGGGAUGGUGAACAGGCUGGUGUAGUCGUUCGUACCAGUACGAUCCCUCUUCCAAAAAAAAUAUACAUUUAUGAGAUUAUUCACCAUUCGCGUAGGAUGGUUUCGUUUCAUGUUCAAUGUCAUUGGUAUUUUAUACAGUAUCUGUAUUUCCUUUGCUUUAUAUAGAAGAUGCUUUAUUAAGUAACUUACGUACGGCUUUGGAGUUGAGGAUGGACACAAUCAUUUCAGGUUCGAAUGCAAAUUUGUCGUUUGUAAAUUCCAAAUGUGUUGUAGGAUGCAUAAAAAGAACUUUGGUUAGAAGUAAUUUUUUUCUUUUACAGGUUCUUAAUAGUGAAGGUUGUGAAUAAGAUGCUGAAUAUAUCCGUUAACACGAAAGGUUUAUAGGUCUAUCUGUUAUGAGAAAGAGAUUUAAUUUGAGAUGUCAUUGGAAAGUGUUACAACUGGUUUUAAAUGUUUAGUAUCAGCUGUAAUGAUUUUGAAGUGCAGUAGGAUGUAUAAUAAUUUCUAUUAACAGCUUUUUAUAUUACUGUACUUGGUUUCAGCAACGGUGUUCAUUAGUAUCAAAUAUGUUGAAAAUUUAUUCUUCAAAAAAGUAAUAAAAUAUUUCUCAUC